AUGUUUAAGUCAAUAUGCAUCUUCAUUGAGGAUAAUUUAUCAAGCGAAGCUAUUCAAAGAACUAAAGAGGAACACGGAAAGGCUAAGAUGAACAAGUCAGGGGAAACGCUUGAUAUUGAUGAAGUUCCUCUGGGAUUUGAGGUCUCUGAUCCCCUGCUGCGUCGUGCUGCGGUUGCCCUUCGCUUGCUUCAUAUAGGCUAUCUUCGUCGCCUACAAAAUCAAGCAAAUGCUGCAAUUGUUCAGGUGCAAGCACUAACUGCUGAUCCUAAAACUGAUGGGACUCUAGGAAAAGUUGGGUUUUAA